CUUAAUCAGAUAAUCCUCUACCCUUCUUACAUUUAUCAAUUAUUCAAUUAUUAUUCAUUCUUUCUUUCCGACAAGAACCCUUCUUUCCCUUCUCUUUCUUUUCAUAAGCACACUGCAUACACCCUAAUCCCUAACUAAUUAUAAAGAUUCAUACUUUAAACAACACAAGUAAAGGGGAAAAGUUUUGUAGGGAUUUCUCUAUAUUUCCAUGGCUUCCACUUUACUGUUGGUUAUUGUGUUUGUUCUUGAUUUGAUUGCUUUUGCUCUUGCUGUUGCUGCUGAACAGAGGAGGAGCACUGCCCAUCUCGUCAAUCAGGAAACGACUCGACCCUAUUGCCAAUAUGAUUCUGAUAUAGCUACCGGCUUAGGAGCUGGGGCCUUUGUACUCCUCAUGGCUAGUCAGCUCCUUAUUAUGUUAGCAAGCAGAUGUCUGUGUUGUGGUAGAGGUCUUAGACCUGGAGGAUCUCGGGCAUGGGCAAUCGUUCUGUUCAUUAGUUGCUGGGUGCUUUUCUUCAUUGCUGAAGUAUGUCUGCUUGCGGGUUCUGUCAGGAAUGCCUAUCACACCAAGUACCGGACCGUCUUGAAUACCCCGCCUUCUUGCCAGACCCUUAGGAAGGGGGUUUUCGCUGCUGGUGCCGCUUUUACAGUCUUUACUGGCAUAGUCUCUGAGCUGUACUAUGUCAGCUACACCAAGGCCAGCGUCAACUUUGGUCCUACACACGGUGCAGACACUGGCGUACGCUUGGGCAAUCUAUAGUUGAAUCGUACAUGAUACCCUUUCAGUAAAUCCGUCCUUGCUGAUCAUUAUUUUCCGCUUUACUGUCUCUUAGUGUGUGUAUUAGCAUACGACAUCAUUAGUUGCUACUUGUGAACGACUCGUGAUCAUUUGUCAUUAGACAUUAAUCUACAUAAUUAGGCGUGAGAUUAACCUUAUAACUAUGCUCUAGGAUUGAACUACUCGUGUUGGUGUAUAUUCCCAUGCUUUGCGGACAUUCUUGUAGUAAUAGUAGGUUUGUGUAAGAACAAUUUGUGACCUUAGUUUUGAAUUGGCAUUUCUAGUCGUUCAGAUA